UGUGCCCGGCCACGUUUGAAUUGAUACGCAAUCUGAGAGAAUUAUUUGUUGGAAUCGUAGACAAAUUUCAUCAUUCUUUUGUCGUGUGGUUUAACGGAGUGGUGCCUAACGGAAAAAUGGUUCUCGAUUUAGAUCUAUUUCGCAGCGAUAAAGGUCAUGAUCCGGCUAAGGUCCGAUCGAAUCAGGAGCGUCGCUUCAAGGAUGUCGCCUUGGUAGACACUGUGAUCGAACAGGACGGAGAAUGGCGCAAGUGUCGUUUCAAUGCAGACAAUUUCAACAAGUUGAAAAAUCUGUGCAGUAAAGAAAUUGGCGAAAAAAUGAAGAAAAAGGAACCACAAGGAGCGGAAGACGAACCCGUACCGGAAACUAUCGGAAACGAUUUGUUAUCAUUGAAAAGCGAAGAUUUGAAGAAGCUUACGGUCAAUCAGAUCAAAAAGGUUCGAGGAUUGAUUGAUGAGGCUAUAGUAGAGAACGAAAAGAAGCUAAAUGAAGCUGAAACGAAAAGAAAUACUGCACUUCGAGAGGUGGGUAACCAUCUGCAUGAUAGCGUUCCCGUCAGCAAUGAUGAGGACGAAAAUAAGGUCGAAAGAACAUACGGCGAUUGUGAAAAACGGUUGAAAUAUUCCCAUGUUGAUUUGAUUGUAAUGAUCGAUGGGAUGAAUGGUGAAAAAGGUGCUGUGGUUUCUGGCGGAAGAGGAUACUUUUUGACUGGACCGGCAGUGUUUCUGGAACAAGCUUUAAUACAACACGCUUUGCAUAGCUUGUAUGAAAAGGAUUAUACUCCGCUUUACACUCCGUUUUUCAUGCGUAAAGAAGUAAUGCAAGAAGUGGCCCAGCUUUCACAAUUCGAUGAAGAAUUAUACAAGGUCGUCGGGAAGGGCAGCGAAAAGACGGAAGAAGGCAAUACUGAUGAAAAGUAUUUGAUCGCAACAUCGGAGCAACCAAUCGCUGCCUACCAUCGGGAUGAAUGGAUCCCUGAAGCCUCGUUACCAAUAAAAUAUGCCGGAUUGUCAACGUGCUUCCGGCAAGAGGUCGGUUCCCAUGGACGUGAUACUCGGGGUAUCUUCCGAGUGCAUCAGUUUGAAAAGGUGGAACAGUUUGUGUUGACGUCUCCACAUGAUAACAAAUCCUGGGAGAUGAUGAACGAAAUGAUCGCCAAUGCUGAGCAGUUCUGUCAGUCACUUGAAAUACCGUAUCGCAUCGUGAAUAUUGUGUCUGGAGCACUGAAUCAUGCCGCCUCGAAAAAGCUUGACUUGGAGGCUUGGUUUGCUGGUUCCGGAGCGUUUAGGGAGCUGGUUUCCUGCAGCAACUGUUUAGACUAUCAAGCAAGAAGGCUACUCGUUCGCUUUGGCCAAACCAAGAAAAUGAAUGCGACGGUCGACUUUGUUCAUAUGCUCAAUGCGACUAUGUGUGCCACGACUCGAGUGAUUUGCGCUAUACUGGAAACGCAUCAAACCGAAACCGGUGUCCGGGUUCCGGAACCACUGCGGAAGUAUAUGCCAGAAAAGUAUCGCGAGGAAAUUCCCUUUGUGAAACCAGCACCGAUCGAGGUGGAAGCGGCCGCCGCACAGGCUAAAAAGGAUAAGAAAGGCAAAAAAGAAAGUCCUGCUGCGUAAAAUGCUGUCACUCACUGUUGGAUGGAGAGAAAAUGCUAGCUUGGGGCCGUCCUUAUAAAAAAGAAUUAUUGUCUUAUUUUUCUAAGAGAUGUUUCGUGACAUACAUAUUUUAGUUGUUUUAGGUUGAAAUUUAAUAGUUGGUAUCUUUUUAAUGUGGACGGUUAUCAACCCCAACCGGUUUGCCUAGCUUCAUCUCUAUGCAAAUUCUAAUUCGAUUAUCGGAGAGAUAUUUCUGAAAAUUCGUUAUAACGCCAGCGAAUCUUAUGAUGUAAGCAUUUUAAGGUAGUUUAUUGAAUCCUAAUUGAUUGGCUCGGGUCCAUGUUGAUUGCAUUUAAUAUCGAAGUAAAUUCUCGAGAGCCGACUGCUGGUUAAUCAGAGUCACUAAAAGUCUCAAAAAUUGUUGAAGACACGGCACUAGACAGCUAUUUAAUUUUCAGUACUCCUCACCCAAUGUUUGCGUGCACGAGUUUUUUUUUUCUUUGAAAGUAAAUUCCCGGUGAACGACCUUGAAGGUUAAAGUCGGGGUUAAAUAAAAAUAUACAAUUCAAUAAUCUACUAAAUUUCAGCCCAAAAUAAAUUAAACGUACUCAAUUAUUUCGCGCUUUUCUGGUGCUGUGUGCCGAUUCACCACACUCCAAUAUUAUUAGUUAUUUAUAAAGGGUGAUUUUUUAAGAGCUUGAGAACUUUUUUAAACAAUAAAACGCAUAAAAUUUGCAAAAUCUCAUCGGUUCUUUAUUUUAAACGUUAGAUUGGUACAUGACAUUUACUUUUUGAAGAUAAUUUCAUUUAAAUGUUGACCGCGGCUGCGUCUUAGGUGGUCCAUUCGGAAAAUCCGCUUUUUUAUCGACAAAUUUUGUUCAGCGAUGAGGCUCAUUUCUGGUUGAAUGGCUACGUAAAUAAGCAAAAUUGCCGCAUUUGGAGUGAAGAGCAACCAGAAGCCGUUCAAGAACUGCCCAUGCAUCCCGAAAAAUGCACUGUUUGGUGUGGUUUGUACGCUGGUGGAAUCAUUGGACCGUAUUUUUUCAAAGAUGCUGUUGGACGCAACGUUACAGUGAAUGGCGAUCGCUAUCGUUAGAUGCUAACAAACUUUUUGUUGCCAAAAAUGGAAGAACUGAACUUGGUAGACAUGUGGUUUCAACAAGAUGGCGCUACAUGCCACACAGCUCGCGAUUCUAUGGCCAUUUUGAGGGAAAACUUCGGAGAACAAUUCAUCUCAAGAAAUGGACCGGUAAGUUGGCCACCAAGAUCAUGCGAUUUGACGCCUUUAGACUAUUUUUUGUGGGGCUACGUCAAGUCUAAAGUCUACAGAAAUAAGCCAGUAACUAUUCCAGCUUUGGAAGACAACAUUUCCGAAGAAAUUCGGGCUAUUCCGGCCGAAAUGCUCGAAAAAGUUGCCCAAAAUUGGACUUUCCGAAUGGACCACCUAAGACGCAGCCGCGGUCAACAUUUAAAUGAAAUUAUCUUCAAAAAGUAAAUGUCAUGUACCAAUCUAACGUUUAAAAUAAAGAACCGAUGAGAUUUUGCAAAUUUUAUGCGUUUUAUUGUUUAAAAAAGUUCUCAAGCUCUUAAAAAAUCACCCUUUAUUACAGUGAAACGAAACCGUAAACCAAGCCUUAACAAUGGAUGACAUUAUUUAUUGGUAUCUUCUUACAAUGGAUAGUGGGCUUAGCGAUAAAAGAAAUCGUUUGAUUCUUUCGACCUGUAUCUUCUGAACUCAUGCAAAUAAAAAUCGCAUACUCGAAUCAA